UUUGUCUGUGAGUUUUGUUCCGGUGCGGUGGUGGUUGCCAAGGCAGCUUGAACAAGGGCCGUGUUGCCAUGGAGACGGCCGUAUGAAGUAGCGACUUCGGUCCUGCUAAGAAGGACAAAAAGAAGAAGAAGAAGCGAGAGAAAAGACCGACACGAUGUUUGUUUAUCUGAGCAAGAAGAUUACAAUUCCUGGUAAUGUUAGGCUAAGAUCUAUUUCUUGGAGCAAGGACCAGGGCUAUAUAGCCUGCGGUGGAGAAGAUGGUCUCCUGAAAGUUUUAAAAUUAGAGACAAAAACAGAUGAAGCCAAAUUAAAGGGACUUGCAGCACCUAGCAACCUUUCAAUGAAUCAAACACUUGAAGGUCAUACUGGUGCUGUGCAAGUAGUGACUUGGAAUGAACAGUAUCAGAAAUUAACUAGCAGUGAUGAACAUGGGCUUAUCAUCGUGUGGAUGUUGUAUAAAGGUUCUUGGUAUGAGGAAAUGAUCAACAAUAGAAAUAAAUCUGUUGUUCGAAGUAUGAGAUGGAAUGCUGAUGGACAAAAAAUUUGCAUUAUAUAUGAAGAUGGUGCUGUAAUUGUUGGUUCUGUGGAUGGGAAUCGUAUUUGGGGAAAGGAUCUGAAAGUGCAACUCCAUCAUGUUGCUUGGUCUCCAGAUGGCAGAACUCUACUCUUUGGAAUGGCAAACGGAGAAAUACACAUUUAUGACAAGAAUGGGACUUUUAUGAUGAAAAUGAAAAUGAACUGUUUGGUGAAUGUAACUGGAGCAUUCAGUAUUGCUGGAAUACACUGGUAUCCUGGAACAGAGGGCUACAUUGAACCAGAUUGUCCUUGCCUUGCUAUUUGUUUUGACAACGGAAGAUGCCAAAUAAUGAGACAUGAAAAUGAUCAAAAUCCUGUCUUAAUUGACGCUGCUCUGAAUGUUGUGACUGUCCAGUGGAACCACUGUGGAAAUGUACUGGCUAUUGCAGGCUUCCAGAGGAUACCUCCACAAGAUAAAGAUGUAAAUGUAGUGCAGUUCUACUCUCCAUUUGGUGAGCAUCUGCGUACACUGAAAGUUCCAGGCAAGCAAGUGUCAGCUCUGUCUUGGGAAGGAGGAGGUCUAAAAAUAGCGCUAGCUGUUGACCAAUGUAUUUAUUUUGCAAAUAUCCGUCCAGACUACAAAUGGGGUUACUGCACUAAUACAGUGGUUUAUGCAUAUACACGACCUGAUCGUCCAGAGUACUGUGUGGUCUUCUGGGAUAUAAAAAACAAUGAAAAGUAUUUGAAAUUUGUCAAGAGUCUGAUUUCCAUAACUACUUGUGGGGACUUCUGCAUUCUGGCAACAAAAGCAGAUGAAAAUCAACUUCAGUAUGUACUUGUUCUCUGCAAUUCCAUUGGUACUCCUCUGGAUCCAAAAUAUAUUGACAUUGCACCACUGUUUGUUAUCAUGACCAAAACCCAAGUGAUAGCAGCUUCAAAAGAAGCAUUUUAUAUCUGGCAAUAUCGAGUAGACAAGAAGCUCACAGCGAUGGAAAUUAACCAGGUAGCACGGACUAGAAAAGAAGGCAAAGAAAGGAUUUAUCAUGUAGAUGACAGCCCUUCUGGAGCAGGUGAAGGAGUGCUUGAUUAUGCUAAAGCCCUACAAGGAACGCGGGAUCCAAUUUGUGCAAUAACAGCUUCUGAUAAGACACUUAUUAUUGGACGAGAAACUGGCACCAUUCAGACUUACAGACUUCCCAAUGUUGGCUUGAUUCGGAAGUAUCUCCUAAACUGUCGGCCUUAUCAGAUGUCUUUGAAUUGCACAUCCAGUCGUCUUGCUAUUAUAGACAUGCUUGGAAUGCUGAUUUUCUUUGACUUGGAUACCCGAGUAACAGAUGGUUCAGGUUGUCAAGCAAUAGGUGAACAACUCAAACUGGAACGCAGAGAUGUUUGGGAUAUGAAAUGGGCGAGAGAUAAUCCAGACUUAUUUGCCAUGAUGGAGAAGACAAGAAUGUAUGUCUUCAGAAACCUGGAUCCUGAGGAACCCAUUCAGACUUCUGGAUACAUUUGCAACUUUGAAGAUUUAGAAAUUAAAUCUGUUUUAUUGGAUGAAAUAUUGAAGAAUCCUGAACAUCCUAAUAAGGAUUACAUACUAAAUUUUGAUAUUAGAUCAUUACGUGAUGCUCACGCAAUUGUUAAGGAAGCAGGGAUUGCAGAGUCUACCCAGUUCAUUGAAGAAAACUCACAUCCAAGACUUUGGCGUCUAUUGGCUGAAACUGCUCUCCAGAGACUUGAUCUGCAUACUGCUGAGCAAGCAUUUGUGCGCUACAAAAAUUACCAGGGUAUUAAGUUUGUGAAGCGCCUUCUCAACCUACAGAGUGAAUUACUGAGGCAAGCAGAAGUGGCAGUUUACUUUGGUAAAUUUGAAGAAGCUGAAAGGAUGUAUUUGGACAUGGACAGAAGAGAUCUUGCAGUUGAUUUACGAAUGAAACUAGGGAAUGGAUUUCGAGUAGUGCAGCUGUUGCAAACAGGCUCAGGACAUGGUGAUGAUAAUCUCCUUGAAAUGGCACACAAUGAAAUUGGGGACUAUUUUGCAGAUAGACAGAAAUGGACAAAUGCUGUUCCAUAUUAUGUACAAGGUAGAAACCAUGAACGUCUGGCUGAAUGUUACUAUAUGCUGGAAGACUAUCAAGCGUUAGAGGAUUUGGCUAACUCACUUCCUGAAAACAACAAACUGCUUCCUGACAUAGCCCACAAGUUUGUUACUGUGGGUAUGUGUGAACAAGCUGUAACAGCCUUUCUCAAAUGUAACAGACCAAAGGAUGCAGUAGAUAUCUGUGUCAAUCUCAACCAGUGGAGUAAAGCCGUUGAACUGGCUAAGGAACACAAUAUGAAAGAAAUUGGUUCCUUGCUAGCUAGAUAUGCAUCUCAGUUAUUGGAAAAGAACAAGCCCCUUGAUGCUGUUGAGUUGUAUCGUAAAGCCAACUAUUUCUUUGAUGCUGCUAAGCUCAUGUUCAAGAUUGCAGAUGAAGAGGCUAAAAAGAGGACAAAGCCUUUGCGUGCUAAAAAACUCUAUGUCAUGUCUGCUUUACUUGUCGAACAAUAUCAUGAACAAAUGAAAAACAUGCAGAGGGGAAAAGCCAAAGGAAAGACUUCAGAGGCUACUUCAGCAUUAGCUGGUUUGCUAGAGGAAGAUGUUCUUUCUUCAGACAGUCGCCUAAUUGAUAAUGCUUGGCGAGGAGCUGAGGCUUACCAUUUUUUUAUACUUGCCCAAAGGCAGCUUUAUGAAGGUUAUGUAGAUACAGCAAUGAAGACAGCCCUUCACUUGAGAGAUUAUGAAGACAUUAUUCCUGCAGUAGAGAUCUAUUCCUUAUUGGCUCUCUGUGCAUGUGCCAACAGAGCAUUUGGUAUCUGUUCAAAAGCUUUUGUUAAACUGGAAUCUUUAGAAAACCUCAUCCCAGACCAGAAGAAUCAAUAUGAAGAACUUGCCCUGCAGAUAUUCACUAAACACUUUCCUAAAGAUAACAAAAAGUCAGAGUUGGAUGGUCUUCUUGAAGAGGGAGAAGGGAAGCUUCCAACAUGUGUUGCUACAGGAAGGCCCAUCACGGAGUAUCAAUUCUGGAUGUGCAAUGUAUGCAAGCACUGUGUACAAGCCCAAGAAAUCAGCAAUUACAAUUUCUGCCCUCUCUGCCACAGCUCAGUGGCCUAUUAAUCAUAGGAAAAUGUCUGUGCCUUUAUCGGUAUGCAUAACAAGUGCAAAUGUUAUGUUAAGCGCAUAUGUGGUAUGAAAUGUUUAGAAGCGCUUUUAAGAUGGUUGAAGGGAAGAAUACACUCAGAAACAAAAGCUAUAUGGUGUUUCGCCCAUACCUAUGAAAAUUAAACUAAUCUGAAUCCUUUCUUUAACAGAGCCUCAACCUGGCAAAUCACUUUUUUAGCACAACUGAAUUCUAAGACAGACAAAAACAAAAUGAAAGCCUGCCCUGUCUCUUUCUAUGCUUAUUUGGGGGGCCCUUCUACUUCAGAGGGCAUUUAUUAUUUAUUUUUAUGUACACUAUAUAUAUUGGGUAGAAUAGUUUCCAAAAACAUUUGUGGCAGGCUGUAAAGUCUUAAAGGGAAAAAAAUUGUAGUGGCAACCAGUGUAAAAAUAGCACUGAUUUAACAAAUACAAUAAUUUUUCUGGCCCUUUCACACUGAGAUGGAAAUGUCCUAGCCCAAGUACAUUUUACAUAAAAUAAUUACCCAAGUAUCCCUUUCUAAGUACAAUACUGAAAAGAUUUAAGCUGAAGCUCCAAAAAACCUGGGAUUUAAACAAGCACACUUGAGAAAAUAUGGUGCCUGAGCCAGUCACAGUACUGCUGCAUAGUCCUUUCUCCCUGAUAACCUGUGUGACUAUUCCUCCUUGCUGUUUUGCCUGACAUGUUGUCAUCCCAGCAGACCUCACUAUGUCCUCCUUCCUCACAAACUGACUGCCUCUUACAUCCAACCCACUUGUACAUGAACUUGCAUCUGUGUACAGAUGCACUUCAACCAGCAUAUCUCAAGUUAGAGUGCUGCUUACACUGUAUCCUGCAAUUCUCCUGCUAGUGUGUCUUGAGUACAGGAAUGCAACCUCACUUCCUUCUGCACAAGUCGGAUAUAUUUGCACUUGCAAAGAACUCUGGAAGAUACGGAAGUUACCCAAUGUAGCUAUAAGAAACCAUGAGUUACAUCUGACUGAAUUCUUUGUCAUCUGAGAGUUCAAUAAAAACAUAUUUACUUGCACAUUUCAUUGUCUAUGUACACGUAGAGCAGUUAUCUCUGGUAUUAUGUAAGUUUUUGUAUAAAAAAAUAUAUAAAACACGUAUUAUCUU